CCUCAGAAUUUGCACGCAAACCAAACAGAACCUAAGCGAAUCUGCCAGGAAACUUACUGUGAUAAAACCCCAGUCCUCACGAAACCUCUGCCCAUCCCUCUCUACCUCUCUCUAUCUGUGAUAAAAAGAAAAAAGGAAAAAGACAAAAAAAGAAGAAGAAAAACUAGUGCAGAUUUCCAUAGGUAAAAACAUGGGGGUUGGGCGUGAGGUCCCAAUAUCGCUGGACGGAGUUAGGGACAAGAACUUGAUGCAGCUGAAGAAGCUCAACACGGUUCUCUUCCCCGUCCGCUACAAUGACAAGUACUACGCCGAUGCCCUCGCUUCUGGCGACUUCACCAAGCUAGCAUACUAUGGUGAUAUCUGUGUUGGUUCAAUUGCAUGCCGGCUUGAGAAGAAGGAAGGUGGGGCUAUCCGUGUUUAUAUCAUGACAUUGGGUGUCUUAGCACCAUAUCGGGGUUUGGGCAUUGGUACGAGGCUGCUGAACCAUGUUCUUGAUCUCUGCUCCAAGCAAAACAUGUCCGAGGUUUACUUGCAUGUGCAGACAAACAAUGAGGAUGCCAUAAAUUUUUACAAGAAAUUCGGGUUCGAAAUCACGGACACCAUAGAGAACUACUACACAAACAUUACCCCACCAGACUGCUAUGUUCUUACAAAGUAUAUCACUCAAAACAAGCAAUAGUAUUUCAAAGCUAGUCUGCGAUGGGGGAGUCCUGUUGGUGUGGCAUUAGUAAUUGAACUUUACCUUGCAUCGGUUAUACUGGAGUUUUAGUAUCUAAACUUAGGAGGUUCUUAACAUGCUAAAACGCAUUGGUCACAUUGGCUAUUUGAUACUUUGGCUGCUUUUUGGUUUAGUGAACUAUUUUAUUGAUCCCAUUAGUGUGCAAACAUUUGAAAUUUUGUGUUGUGUUGGGACCACAGGCAUUUCCUGAAUUAUAUUAAGGUAGGCAUUGUUGAA